AUUUUCGUUUAUUUAUCCUUGACUUUUUUCUCUUUAAGAUAAUAUACUCAUACAAACAUAUAAUAUAAGGACAAGAACAAAAAUAUCUUGCAUGGUAAAAAUAUUACUUUCCUAUCUAUACAAAUGAUAAAUUUAAUACCUGUCUUUAAAUAUUCAGAAGAGAACUCUUAAUGUGGGAUAUUCCUUUAUUCUCAUUUAAACUUCUCUACUAUAUAGAAUAGCAUAAAUAUAAAGGAUUUAAAAAUCUUUCCAGAACAGCCUUUUGAAAGCUGGUAUACAUUCCAGUGUAGAAAAAGAAAAUAGAAAAUUGUCAUGUGCUUUCUUGAAUUUUACUUUAUUUUAGCUAUCAUUUGCGGUUUUAAUUGCGAAUACGCAGGUCAUAAUAAACCUUUCGGAAGUCAUCAAGAUCCAGUUGGGAAGCUAAUAGAACUUGACGAUUUUCCUGAUCCAGGAACUUUUUUUGAUGACUACGUAAUUGAUUCUCAGCCAUUUAUCGUUAAGAAAGGAGCAACAAAAAUACCAGCAUUUAAGCUAUGGACAGACGAGUAUCUAAAAUCUAAGUAUGGAUUUUUGAAUGUAACGGCUGAAAUUGGAAAGAAAGAAGAUAGAGCAGAAAAUUUAAUCAAUCCAACUAUGUCCGUCUAUCUAGAUAUGUAUAAAAACAGUGAUAUUUACAUGGUUUAUGACGUUCCUCGAAUAAUGAUGGCAGAUGAUCUCAUUAUUCCUAAGUCUCUAAGAUGUGGUGGUUUUCUAAGAAAUUUGCAAUUACUCGUUAUGUGGUUUAGUAGCGGAGGAACCAAAUCAGUUCUACAUAGCGAUUCUAUUGAUAAUAUCAAUUGUCUGUUUGAUGGUGAGUUGAAAUCUCAAGUUGAGGAUGAGAGUAACAAUUGGGUUAAAAAUGGUGCUUACAGCAAAGUUGAUGUUGAAAGGGUUGAUAUGAAUAUAUAUGAAAACUUUAGAAAUAUUCCUUGGUGGCACGCCAUUAUGGAAAAAGGUGAUUGUCUUUUCAUACCAAAAGGAUGGUAUCAUACUGUUUGGUCGACUGGAAAUAGAAAUUUAGCUGUUAACUUCUGGUUUGCUCAUCUUUUACGGUUUGACGAUGAAGAUUGCAAUAAUAACUUCAUCAAAGACGAUACUCCACUAUCUAAAGUUUAUUCUGAUGAUCCUAAGUCCCAAAGACAAAGAAAAUUAGAAGAAUAUCGUUCAUCUCUAUUUGAACCAUUCAUACAUGCCGAAGUAAUAAAUGAAACUCACUUUGAUGAAUUUAUGGAAGAAGCAAAACAGUAUAUAAAAGAACCUAGAGAAUAUCUUAAUGAGCUUCUUAAGAUUUGCGAUACAAAUCACGAUUCGGCAAUAGAUUGGGAAGAGGUAUUUCAGUGUCCUAUUGAGAACAUUAAAAACUUCGAACUAUUGUUCGAAGACACAGAAAUUAAAAGAGAUGAACUUUAG